GUUGUGCAUCUUCAGCUGCUCAGUCUUCACGUUUCAGCCUUAUAGGGAAACAGAUUUACAUUUACUCCUGUCUACUCCGAGCCCAGUUGUCCUGACUACACCGUGUGUUAAUGUUCAGUAGAAGCUGUUUUCAGAGAGCAGCUGACUGGAGCCGUUUCCUGUCUACUCAUGGCUAACGAGCGUCUCAGAGCUCUGGAGGAGGUCGAGAAGGAGAUAGCGAUGAUCCUGCAGUGUGCCGGUAAUAUAGUUCUGGAACUCUCCAAAGACAAACACAAUGCCAGCCUCUUGGACAGACAGCUGAUCCAGUUCCAGAGCUCCGUUAACCGCGUGGAGAAUGAACUGAGUGGCCAGAUCCGCUACCUCACACAGGUAGCUACAGGUCAACCUCAUGAAGGCUCCACUUACUCAGCCAGAAAGGACUGUCAGAUGGCACUGAACAGAGCGGAAUAUGCCAAGGUUAAACUGGGAGAACUGGGACGGACCUGUGAAGUCAUGCUUGAGCAGCAGCAGCAGCAGCAACAGCAGCAGCAGCAGACAUAAGGGCAGAGGCAAACUCGUUGGCUGGUGAAAUAGUGAUCACUGAGCAGCAUUUCAAUGCGAUACCUGAUGUGACUGUACCUGCCCUCAUUCUCCACUUCUACCAUCAGCCUUAAAAUCUUUUCAUAGAUCCUCUUUAUUCUUACAAAUGCUGAAGUAUCACAAAAAACAUAAAGGACACAUCAAAGAAAAAAUGUUAUAUACAAGAACUCUGAUUUUCUAAGUAGUGUAUGUUGCAUUUCUGGGUAUAUUUUGUUGUUGGGUGGUCCUCUUCAUUUUUCCUGUUCAUGUGCAUAGCAGGCCAAAUGUAGACCUUGUUAAGAUACUUUAAAUAUAACUACAAAGAAAUGUAUCAGGGUCUGGAUUAUCUCACUCAUACAGAAGAAGAGCAAGGAUUCAAGAAUUGAGAGUGGACAGGGACAAACUCAAGCUUUGAGCAAACAUAUCAUAUACUUGAAAUGUGCUCUCAGUAUUUCCUUCAACUUACGUUUUGUCAUAUUCUAAGCACUUGAGACUAUUAGAAGUUACUGUCCAACAUUUUUUAGUUAGAGGGCAUCAGCUGAUAUCUGGAUGUUAGCCACACACGCACACACACACACACACACACACAUAUUUCAGGGAAAGAUGCAGUCUUUCUGGAAUGUGCAUAAAAUUUGCACCCCAAUUCAGAGGCUGCAUUUCAAAACCAAACACGUCACAAUGGGCCAACAUGGUCUGCGUCACUUCAGUCCCUUGAAAUUACUGUCAUAUAUUUUACACUGUAAAAUACUCCACUGUCAGUGCUGACUGAGCACAGUGAAGAUGAACUCUGGACUGUCUGUGACCAUCGUACUGUAUAUUAAGGUCCUGGGUUGCCAGAUCAGUCACUCAACAGCUCGGAAAAUGUGUUCCAGGAAGAAUGUUGAAAAUACUACUAAUACUAAUACUACUACACUGAGCUUAUUGCUGCAAAGCAACAGUCCAUUUGGUGAAGAACCAAUGUUUGGUUUUACAUUAUUUGUGUUGACUUUCGGGUAAUUUGUAGUUUUAGUUACUAUUGAGGUGAGGUUAGAUUUUCAGUAUUUUCCUGUAAUGGAUGUUAUGAGCUGCUGACUCACUAAAUGUCCAUGUUCCAGGAAAUGACUGUCCAGGACCUUGAUACAUUGUAUGACAGUCCUAGAUCAGGGCUGAGUGAAAGAAGCCUGAUGUUACUUAGAGGAAGACACUUUACUUUCAGAUCAAGUACACAAUGACUGACAAGUCUGUUGUUGCUUCAAAACGUCAGUUACACCAAACUGUCCUCAUCAACUCUCAAAACAUAAUUAUAUUUGUCCUGCAAGCCCCUAAAUCUGGACUUCUUUUGCUUGUUCAAUAAUAUUGUGGUUAAUGAUGUACUAUGCAGCUCAACAUUAUUCUCUAAACUUUGUAAUUUGACAGGUUUUCAUCAUCUUUUACAUCAGUUCAAGAUCACAUCUCCCUCUGUUUGACAGGUGGAAAAGUUUAUUUUCACAAACAGAAAGAACAUCAACAACAAAAUAAAGACAUUUUUAGUUACA